AUGGCGCUGCCUCAAAUACCCAGUGAAAUAAUACUGGAUGUGGCAAAGUGUCUAGAAUAUGAGAGUGAUAUAAAUGCUUUUGCCAGAGUGAAUAUCCGUCUCUACAACAUUGUCAACUGCUACCUCUAUAAGUAUAAUGUGGAUCACCAGGGUAGUUCAGCACUUUCGUGGGCUGCAGUGCAUGGACAACAGGCAACAGCCAGGAAAUCGCUAGCAGAAGGAGCCAAUGUCCAGGUUCAAUGUCAGUCUGAGACCAAUCUGACACCAUUGCCGUUGGCAGCCUGGAAUGGCCAUGACGCAGUGAUCCAGCUACUCCUUGCAACAGAGGGUAUUGAGCCAGACUUCAGAAACCCUAACGGAGUGACUCCUCUAGCGUUUGCAGCAUGGAACGGUCAUGAGGCAGUGGUCAAACUACUCCUUGCGACCAGAGUCGAACCAGACAGCAAAACCUCUAGUGGAGAUACUCCGCUACUAUUGGCCGUAUGGAACGGGCAUGAGGCAGUGGCUAAGCUACUGCUCGUAGUAGACGGUGUUGACCCAGAGUCCAGAACCUCUAGGGGUGAGACUCCACUUCUAUUAGCAGCAUCGAAUGGUCAUGAGGCACUGGUCAAGCUACUCCUUGCAACAGAUGGCGUCAACCCCAAUGCUCAAACUCCUUCUGGAGACACUCCGCUGAUACUAGCAGUGUAG